AUGAAGUUUCAUGUUGCAAAACGGAAGUUUAAGGAAACAUUGAGCCCAUACGAUGUAAAAGAUGUCAUUGAACAAUACUCCGCUGGUCACCUGGACCUGCUGUGUAGGAUUAAAAGCCUGCAGACACGUGUGGAUCAAAUUCUUGGAAAAGGACAAAUCACGUCAUACAAGAAGAGCAGAGAGAAAAUAACCACAGAACACGGGGCCGCGAAUGACCUCAGUAUGCUCGGCCGGGUGGUCAAAGUUGAAAAACAGGUCCAGUCCAUCGAGGCCAAGCUGGACUGCCUGCUGGACAUCUACCAGCAGGCGCUGCGGAAAGGCUCCGCUCCGGCCCUCGCGCUGGCCCCCUUCCCGAGCCCGCCCUUCGAAUGUGAACACACGUCGGACUACCAGAGCCCGGGCCACGCCCGGGACCUCUCGGGCCCGGCGCCGGGCGCCGGCCUCCCGCGCUCCGCCAGCGCGGGCCUGGCGCGGGGCCUGCAACUCAUCCUGGCGCCCGGCGAACUGGGCGCCCAGGCGCUCUACGCGUUCAGCCCCGCGCCGACGCCGGCGCCCGGGAGCCCGGGGGACGGCCCGGCGGCCCCGCGCGGCCUGGCUCCCCCGGCGGCGGCGGGCGCGGCCCGGCCGGCGGCCCCCGCCACCCUGCAGAUACCGGCCGCACUGCCGGCGCUCGGGCCGCUGCCCCACGCCGGCGCCCCGGAGGCGCUCCCCGAGCUCAGCGCCCGCCUGGCGGCCGCCAAGGACCGCCUCCCAGCCAAGGAGCGCGCCCUGCGCCAGAGCCUGGACCUGGGCGGGGCGGCCCUGCUGUCGGUCCGGCCCGCGGUGCCCCAGGACCCGGGCCGAUCGGUGUCGGCGCAGAGCCUGGCCCGGCCCACCGAGGACCUGGACGUGCAGCUGGCGGGGAGCGAAUCCAGCGGCUCCAGGGGCAGCCAGGAGCUUUACCCCAAGUGGCGGGAAUCCAAGCUGUUUAUCAGUGAUGAAGAGGCGGCGGGUCCGGACGACGCCGGGACGGACGCCUUGGACGCGGUGCCGCCGGCGCGGGAGCCCGCCCCGGCGCCGGACUCUCUCAGGACUGGACGGUCGCGAUCAUCUCAGAGCUCGUGUCCGGCGGCGGGGGGCGCCGAUGCCCUGGGCCGGCCGCACGUGAGGCUGAAAUGA